AUGACACCCCCACGCCCUCCACUUUUAAAAGUCAUGUCUCCACCGCCUGAUUCUCCAGAGUACGUCUGUGGAGGACCUGAUCGCGAGCCCCCGCCCCCUGGCCACGAUGACAUACCCAGUUGUUCCUACUACGCCAGAAUGUUAACGUGCGAAGGGCAUUGCGGUAACGUCAGCAGUCAACGGGGCGGCAUUCCAAAGUGGUGUUCUUGCGACCACCAGUGUUAUCUUUACGGGGAUUGUUGCCCGGAUGUAGAAGCAAAAUGCCCGGCUGAAAAGACGAAGUAUGAGCUUAGAAAAACAACCCUGAACUUUAACCUGAGCUAUCAUCCGGGGGCCACGUGCCAAACUCUGAAGUAUCGUUUUGCCUCAAUAUACAUGAGCUCAAUAAUGAAUGUGCUUGUUUUUGGUAAGUGUCCAACGGACUGGGUGUCUGACACAAUCUCGGGUGCAUGUGAGAUAGAAGGCAAUCCUUGGGAACUUGAUUUAAAAUACAUUUUACCAGUUACCGACAAAAACACAGGCGUGCAUUUUCGUAACGCUUACUGCGCCACCUGCCAUGGGAUCGAGAACUAUACGUUCUGGCAAGUAAAUUUCAAUUGUUCACGGCCUGUCUACCUUGAAAAUUCUUCGAACCCCUUCAUCGAACUAGAAAAGAGUGACGCAUGCACAAAAACCAUUAUUCCCCCAUCUUGGAGCCCCAUCCGCACGUGCGAGCAUGUUAUCAGGGAGUGCUCGAAAGACUGUUUCAAUGAAAAAAUGAUCCGCGACUGCCAUCGUUACCAAUUGUACGUCGAAAAUAGAGACAGCUACAAAAACAAGUUUUGUGCCUUGUGCAACCAUGAGAAUUUACCUAACUUGGGGUGUAAACCAGUGACCGCCCCUAGUGGCAAACCAGGCACUGACAUUUCAUUUUUCUCCUUUAGAGUUAUCAUGGAUUUUAACAGCCUUGAUGGUCUUCGAAUUGGCGUCAAUACACAGCAGGAUGAGGGAGAGAUUGCUGUGUACAUGUAUAUUGCAGAUACAACCGCAAGCCUACUAGGCUUUUGGCCCCUCUACGAAAACACGUUCGGGGCAGACAAAAGCGGCAAAAGCAAUGAUGCGGAGCUCAGUAAUGUCCGACAGUCCGAUUAUCUGACCAACCGUCUCACGUGGUAUCACGAAGACGCGCACCUGACCAUAGCUAACGGGGGACGAUACCAGAUGACGGGAUCGUUUAGUAUCAUAAUGGGGAUCAAACUACGCCAUCAUAAUUUUGGCAACUUCGAUUCUGAUGACUUUGUCAUUUUCCAAUUUAACGGUGGAUUUACCCUCUCCAUCGACAACGAGAGGUACGCCAUUACAGCAGUGACACCGUUUACGUCCUGUCCCGAGCCACUAACGACACCUGAUGAUAGUGCAAUUUUUACUUCGGAUUCCUGGCUGUUUUUGACUUACGACGAGCCAAACCAGGUUAUGACUCUACGCUACGGCACCAAUACGUCUUCUCUGACCGCAGAAAACUUUACCUCCAUUAAAGGGCCGUUUGAAAUGUCCGGAGACAUUAUCAUUGGUGGGGCAUUUGAGCGGGACUGCAAAAAAAUUCCGUCCAAAGACCGUUUUGAGGGAUACUUGAGAUGCGUGUUUUUAUUUGAUACAUUGAUUAGUACGUCCGACGCGACCAAUGCCAUGAAUAAAUGCAUUGCACAAGACUACACAGACUCGGUAGACCAAUGUGAAAGUGGGCCGUGCCAAAACGGGGGGACCUGCACAGACGGACUGUUUUCCUAUUCUUGUGCCUGCGCUUCUGGAUUUAACGGAACCAGCUGCGAAUAUGUUGAACGCUGUCCUCUUCCCGCAACGCCUGCCAACGUCUGUCAGGUGGUCGGCGGUUUACACAUAGGGGACAAUAUCACCUACACGUGUGUUACUGGUACCUCGCGGACAAAGGGCGACCUCGUGCGGGUGUGUCAGGAUAACGGGACAUGGAGCGGCCAGGAGCCCGUAUGUGAGAGCUACAGCAUCGAGGUUGCGUGCGAACAGAAGACAGCAGCACCACGGUGUCCCUCUAACCAUGUCAUCCAUAUUGUGGACGCUUUGUAUGGCCGGACCAACAAUUUGACGUGUAAGCACACUGCUAUGUCCAACACAGGCUGCAACGCCAGCAAUUCCUACAGCGUUGUGUCUGAAGCAUGCGAAGGUCAGCAGUCCUGUUCUGUGGUAGCAAGUAGGUCAACAUUCGAUCAGGAUCCUUGUGAAGGAACCUUCAAGUACCUACAGAUUAACUAUAGUUGUCAAGCACAAGCAAGAUACCAGCUAGACUACUCCUUUCAUAUCGUCGAAGAUAAUCUCACGUGGUUCGAGGCAGGAAGGCGUUGUGAAAGUCAAUACAACGGCAUGUUGGCAGAAAUCCACGACCAGUACAUGAAUGAUUUUAUCUCAGCCAUCAUAACAAAGUUUGAUCACGCAGAUAUUGAAUUCUGGAUAGGAGCAAGGAGAGAACAUUUUACUGAGUAUUGGCAGUGGUUGUCAGGGAAUAAUGUUGAAGAGGUACAUUGGGGCCCAGGCCAGCCAGAUUGUGUAAAAGGGAGGCUCUGCGUUUCUUUAAAGUUUAACGACGGAAAGUGGGGUUGGCAGAACUCCCCCUGCAAUGUGACCAAGAAUUAUAUUUGCAUGCGCCAGCAUUAUUGUUAUUCAACAAUACAAGCAGGCUACCGGAACGAUGGGUUUAACCUACGUGAACUGUUCAUGACAAACGUUCAUGAGUGCGAAAAAGAAUGUCUUCGUGACAUCAGAUGCAAGGGUGCCACUUUUAACAUACCCAUACAACGUUGCUAUUUACAUCAUAAGACAGACAAAAUAGUUCCUGGAGAUACGCAUUAUUUCAUUAAGAAACGUUGUGAUUAUUUUGCAUGGAAAACCAAUGAUGACAUUCAUUACUGUAACGACCGUCAUUGUUACUGGCUCAAAUCUGGUGACAGCACAAGUAAUCCGCAGCAAUUUUGUCAGGAUACGGAUGGAGAAGUUCUUACUGGUGGGAAUUCAUAUUGUUUCCAGCUGACUGCUGAUGGUACAUUUCAACUAUGGCAUUGUGACCAAAACCACAAGUUCGUUUGCGUUUAUGACAGAUACAAUACCGCAAGAGCAUGUCUACAAGAUAAUCUUACCAUCACGUGUCCGGUUAACUCUACCAUUCAUAUAGUGGACGCCUUGUACGGAAGUGAGCUACCAGGGCCCAUGUGCACGUCUUCAGGCACCCAGAAUAAUUCUAUUACAGCCUGCUAUUUGACCCAAAAUUACCAACAAGUUGUCGAAGUGUUUGAGAAUGCUACCUCCGGGUCUAUAUCAUUAAUGAAUUCAUCAUUCCACAAUGAAUGCCCUGGAGAUUACACGUACCUUGAAGUCAAGUACACCUGUGUUUUAGGAACAUAUAAUACCAGCAGAUGUGACUCCGUGGCAAACAGCGACAGCACCACCAGUCAAAUCCCAAUUUCCAGUGUCUCUGACACCCAGCCUACACUCACCGAGACCACGCCCGCAGUCAGUGAGACCACUCCCACCGUCACUGAGACCACGCCUACAGUCACCAUAGUCACCAAGACCACAUCCACCGUCACCGAGACCACGCCCACAAUCACUGAGACCACGCCCACAGUAACCGAGACCACGCCCGCAGUCACCGAGAACGCGUCUCUCGUCACGGAGACCACGCCUACAGUGGACGAAACAACGCGGAAUGUCACCGAAACCAUAACAAGAGCCGGCGAAACCACACCACCUGUCACCAGAAAUACACAACCUAUCAACCAAACCACGGCUACAGUCGACGAAACCGCAUCUCAAGCCAACAAAACCAUCCCGAUGUUGACAGCAGCUCCGCUAAGCUCCGCUUACUCUACGUCCUCCGACUAUGAAACCACGACUUCCGCCGUUGAAAUCACGCCAACCUUUACAGAAGUCACGCCCAACGUCUCUGUGGCCAGCUGUGCCCUGCCUUUUGCGGUUGACUCUCUGUCCGUCCUGAACAUAUCCAAGGCUAAUCUUUCUGGAGCUCCCCUAGCGGACACAGAAUCUUUCGAUUCAAUGAGUAACAAGAUCAUGUUCAGUGAAAACACCACGCUGAUGGCCCGGUGCAAAGACGGCUACAGGUUUAAUGAUAAAACAAGAACAAAGGCGUUGACAUGUUCCCAGAACGGCACGUGGAGACCGGAUACUUGUAAAUUGGUCACCUGUCCAACUGAUCAGUUACUGAACUCUUCAAGCGUGGAUGUAGAACCCUACAACAGUACAAGCUAUGGCACCAAGAUUCGGUACUGGUGCAGAGACGAUAAAGUGUUUUCCACGGGGGGGCGCCAGCGGGUAGCCACGUGUUAUGGCCACGGCCACUGGGAGCCUGAGCUGAUGGAAUGUUACAACCAAUCUGAGGUGAAGAGCGCAUUUGCCAUGCCAAAGCCUUCAAGGAAAACGACACCACCCAAAGAGUCACCACAGGGACCGGUCUACGGUAUCACAGGUAUUUUGUUCUUGCUAUUUCUCGCCGGCAGCGUCGUGAUCUCAGAUUGCUUAUCUAUUGAUCGACACACAAGACCCAUGCGAAGAAACCUAAAUUGCUUCUGGAAAAGGCACCGACGAUUGAAGCGCAACGCCGUGCACGCCGUUAGGUGGGUCGAAGAGAGAGCGAUUGAAAAAGGUCCAAGUAAAGUAAUUGAAGGAAGUGAUAAUAUGAAGUUCAGAAAGGCAAGAGGGGAAAGGAGAAGAGGACAAACCGGAACCGGAAGUGGGAUUGAAGGUGAGACUGCUGGGAGAGCUGGUGGGGCGGGGUACUCACUGUCCGGACAGUAG